GGCCAAUGGGCUCUACCCACCUCUGUGCUGUGUCUGUCUGUUCGUGGCCUGUGACGUAAAGGGCGGGGCGCGAGGCUAGUUACGGAAGCUGCGCGGGCGGGGCUGCCCAGUCGCUUGCAAGUGGGCAACCGGAGGGAAGAUGGUUUACAUCUCGAACGGACAAGUGUUGGGCAGCCGGAAUCAGUCCCCGUGGAGAUUGUCUUUUAUAACAGAUUUCUUCUGGGGAAUAGCAGAAUUUGUGGUUUUUUUUUUCAAAACUUUGCUUCAGCAAGAUGUGAAGAAAAGAAGAGGCUAUGGCAACUCAUCUGAUUCCAGAUACGAUGAUGGGAGAGGGCCACCUGGAAACCCUCCACGAAGAAUGGGUCGAAUCAGUCAUCUCCGUGGCCCCAGCCCUCCUCCGAUGGCUGGUGGAUGAGGAAGGUAAAUGUCUGCUCUGAGAAGCAGACAGCUAGACAUGCACAUGCGUAGAAGGAAGUCAUCAGGAGGUGAAGAGCGGCUCAAGCAGGAUAAGAUGGUGUAUGUCUAAACGAGAACUGCCCUGUGUCCUCACAGAUGGAUGAGGUCAGGCUGGGAAUUCCCUCUGCAGGAUCUGGCCUGACUGAAAUGCAGUUCUAUAAAUGUACAUGUUUGUCUCCUUAUCUUUUUGUAUAGUUUACUAAAGUAUUAAUAUAGUUUUAAUAAGUAAAUAUUUUUAGGUUUCAAAACUUGAUUCUUCAUCUUUAUAUGAUUAAACUCAAAAUCUUUGUGGAAGAAAUAAAGGUCAUGUGUUUAGUCCUGAUUUUUUGUUCGUUUGGUUUUGUUUGUUUGGCUUUUUUGAGCCACCAUGCCCUGUUCCAAUGUACAUAAUCCUGUUAAUGUUGCCUUUUUUCUUUUGAAAUACUCUUUAUUGUUAUUUUGCUCUCAUUUAUAAAUAAACUACAAUAUAAUUAUUUCAGUAA